AUGAUACUUAUUGAUGAGACAUAUCAAGACGUUGUUGUCCCAUUUUUGAUCCAUUCUACUAUUGUCGGAAAGAAAACAGGCGAAAAGAUUCUAUCCUAUCUCAAAACUACAAGUAAGCCGAUGUCAAGGAUAUUACAAGCAAAGACAGUAAUAGGAGCUCAACCAGCACCGCGCAUUGCAGCAUUUUCUUCUAGAGAAACCGGAAACAUGUUCAACAUUCUCUCCGGAACUUCUAUGGCAUGUGCUCACGUAACCGGAAUCGCCAACCUUGGUCAAAUCUGUUCGUCCUUCUUGGUAUCCAUCUGCCAUCAAAUCCGCCUUCAUGACAACUGCAACAAUCUUCGAUAA